AUGUAUGUUAGAUGGGUUGAUCGCCUGCUCAACACAUUGAAUUCCUCUAACAAUCUUGUCAAAUUCAGAGUGGCGUUCUCUUUAUCUUCUGCUUUCACAUUAUGGAUUGAUGAAUGGCUUAGUUACGCUGUGAAUAGAAAGGUUGAGAGCCUUGAUUUGAUUUUGGGCACUGACUUACCACAAGACUGCUACUCUUUUCCAUACAAACAAGGGAAUUUCCCUGACAAUCUAAAACUGCUUAAGAAACUCAGUUUGCAUUCUGUUAUUGUAAGUGGUGAGGCUGUGGCCUUUAUGUUAGGGAAUUGCCAUCUCCUUGAGCAACUCUCAGUGUCUCGAAUAGGCUCGCUGGAGUCUCUAAAGGUUGUUCAAACCUCGCCAGUGUUCAAAUGCCUAGAAAUCAGCCAAUGCAACAGUCUCAAUUUAGUUGUGGUUCGUGAGUCGAAAGUUGUCUGCAUUAAGUAUGAUGGUGCAACUAACCAAUAUUGUAGCUUCACGUUCGUCGAUGUUCCUCUCCUUACUCAGCUCUGGAUUCGGGCGAAAGCGCACAAUCCUUUUGUAAAUUUUACUUCCAUCAUAAGCAUUUUAGACAUGUUUGAUUAUGUGAUUCCACAACUACACAUGCUCAAGAUAUACGCUACGGUCAGACUCCAAGACGAGGAUAUUAUAAAGAAGUUGAUGCCUAAGCUCAAGGAAUUAGUGGUGGUAUUCGAUAGUAAUUACUGUGACAAGUGGUCUCUCAUGCCAGUAAUAAGUUGGUUUAGAAUGACACCUUGCUUGCAGAGAUUUGUGGUAGAGGCACCACAUCAAGAGAAGAACAAAAAAUGUCUUAAUAGUAUAAAGUGUUAUGAUUGUUGGCAUUUGCGUUUUUAUAAACGAGAGUACAACUUCGGGAGGGUUAAUUCUCCAAUCAAAGAAAUAGAGUUUGUUGGUUAUCGUGGUGUGCUUAAUCAUUUUCAAAUGAUUACACAGUUUGUGGAACUCGGCGCGGCCAUAGACAAGAUAAUUGUCGAUCCACGACCUUUCAAGCUUCGUAGUUAUAUGCCAUGGGAUCGCAUUUCUCAAAAUGAUACGAAGGAUGAAAUAUUUGCUAGAAAUUGUGCGAAGGACCAACUUAAACAUUAUCCGCGUGUCAACAUUCUUUAG